CAGGAACAGGAUAGUCGGAACAGGAAGUAACCCACAGGACAACAACAAAAGCAAACGUUCGUUAAAAUCGAAAUGGAGACUCGCUUCACCAGAGGCAAGUCUGCUAUUUUGGAGCGGCCUCUGAGCCGACCUAAAACCGAGGUGAGUGUGAGCGCCUUCGCCCUGCUGUUCUCGGAGGUGGUGCAGUACUGCCAGAGCCGGGUGUACUCGGUGUCCGAGCUGCAGGCUCGUCUGGCCGAGAUGGGGCAGCGGGUCGGAGGCAGCCUGCUGGACGUGCUGGUGCUGAGAGAGAAGAACGGCAAGAGAGAGACCAAAGUCCUGAACAUACUGCUGUUCAUCAAGGUGUCUGUGUGGAGAGCCUUGUUUGGCAAGGAGGCGGACAAGCUAGAGCAGGCCAACGACGACGACAAGACCUACUACAUCAUCGAAAAAGAGCCCCUCGUCAACACGUACAUCUCUGUUCCUAAAGAGAACAGCAGCUUGAACUGUGCAGCCUUCACUGGAGGGAUCGUAGAGGCCAUCCUCACCCACAGUGGCUUCCCCGCCAAGGUCACCGUCCACUGGCACAAGGGCACCACGCUCAUGAUCAAGUUUGACGAGGCAGUGAUCACCAGAGACAAGGCACUGGAAGGCAGAUAGGGGAGAGAUUGGAUGAGAGAUUGAGAGGGUGUGUGUGGGUGGAGGUAUGAUGUUAAUGUAACUGCUGGAAUGUGCAGACAGUGAUGGAAGCAUGGUGGAUUGUAAAUGCACUAAUUCAAGAGAACAUAAUCAGGAUAUAAAAGAAAAGCAGAGCAGGACUGCAGUUAAUAGUUAUUUAGAUUAUUGGUUAAUGCUUGGAAUUUUUUUUUUGAUUAAUCAAUUAAAUGUUUGGUAUAUAAAAUAUAUAUCAAAAAAUUGCCCAAGAUGCAAGUUGAAAUAUUCAUAGUGCUUGUUUUGUUCUGUCAACAGCCUGAAACCCAAAGAUAUUCAGUUUACUUUUAUUGACUGGCAAAUCUUCAUAUUGGACAAGCAAGAACAAGUCGUGUUUUGUCAUAUUUGCUUUAAAAAUUAAUCAGUUAUCAAAAUUGUUGUGAAUUAACUUCCUAUCACUCAACUAAUCGAUUAAUUAACUCAUCAUUUCAGAGCUACAGUAAAGCAUACUGUAUCCUGUGUUGGAUGUAUCUGUCCUUUGCAGUGGAAAGUAAAACUUUCCUGGACAAUUUAGAAUGUUAACAUUACACCAAAAUGUCUAUUUAUCUGUUUGAAAUUAUAGUUUAUCUUGUGCUGCAUAAGAGAAGAUGUUUUUGUUUUUUUGUACAUCAUAUCAGACUGACUCCAAUAAUUUCCACACCAAACAGCUGAUGGAAAAUCCUCCGUUUCCCCACACUACUAUGUUAGUCAGAUAGAUGUGACUGCAUCUGUAUUGACAGGCCUGAUGGCGUAAUAACAGUAUUCUCUACAGACUGUCUGCACAUGUUUGUGUUAUGGGAUCAACACAACACUUUAACACAGUCAGACAGGGAUGUGUUUAACAGGUGGGGAUGCUUUAUUUGUGUCAUGUUAAGCCUGCAACUAAAGGAUUAUUGUUGACAUGUUUGUCAAAAUAAUGUUUAUACCUGUAUUUUGUUCUGAGAAAAUGUAAAUAAAUACAUUAAAGGGUG